AGAUUAUGUGAGCUGCUGCGUCAGUCUUCUAAUGUCUUGCACUGAAUACUCAUGGUAUGUCUGAAGGACAGAUCUCGUGUGUGUUCUGAACGUACCAGGUUGUCCUCAUGAGUACUCCAGUGGAGAAUGUCCAUGAUCUUAUUUGCCUGUGUGGUGCGGGUGAGGGAUGGACUUCCCCUCUCAGCCUCCACAGAUUUUCAUUUCAACCAGGACUUUCUGGAAUGCAGAAAGAGAUUAAAGGCGUUAUCCUCAAUUCUGGCACAGUAUCCAAGUCGAGGCACGGCAAAAGGACGUGACCUUAGCAUACAUUUCCUUUCUUCUGGGGAUAUUGCCUGCAUGGCAAUCUGUUCCAGCAGUUACUCAACCAUCAUGGCGUUUUGCUUCCUGGAAGAGCUUCAGUGGGAAUUUGCUGCUUCCUACGAUACAACAAGCAUCGGUUUAGCUUCCAGACCAUAUGCUUUUCUUGAAUUUGAUAACAUUAUUCAGAAAGUGAAAUGCCAUUUUAACUGUGCGAGUGGCUCUCAAAUGAAGGCCAACUGGGAGAAGGUUGAGGAGGAGCUGAAGUUCCGGCCCCCGGUUCAGCUGAAACUAGAGGAUACAGAGCUGAUGAAUGGGAUGACUAACGGUGGGCAUGCAGGCGUUCAUGUGGAGGUUGUCCCUACUUACAGAAUGCAGCGUGUGACUCCCCUGGGGAUUCUGUCGCUUGUUCUGAACAUCAUGUGUGGAGCUUUGAAUCUCAUUCGAGGAGUUCACCUAGCAGAGUAUUCAUUUCAGGAGGACCGUGAAGGAAUUGGAAAUGUGAUAUCUUUUUUCCUACCUUUUCUCGCCUGUGUUUUUCAGUGUUACUUGUACCUCUUCUACAGCUCGGCAAGGAAGGUGAAGACGUUUGUACUCUUCUUCUCUGUCUGUUUAUGCAACAUUUACUUGUAUGGAUUACGGAACCUCUGGCAAAUAGCCUUUCACAUAGGAGUGGCAUCUCUUUCUUCUUAUCAGAUACUGACAAGGCAACUUAUGGAGAAACAGCCUGACUGCGGAGUAUGAAAAAGACUUUGGGUUUGCUACUCUAUUUUUACAACUUUUUUUGUAUUAAACUGGCCAAAAAUAGCUUGGAGUGAUUUUAAAGAUUUGUGACAAUGGUUAUUGCAAGGAGGAUAUUUCAAAGCAACUUGAAAUAAAGUAGGAUACUGUAAUCAUGUCAAACAUACAGUGGGGAAUGUAGCUGUCUUUAACAUGGCAUGUGGUAAUUGUGCAUGGUAGAUUUUGUCAGGUGUCAUCAACAGACGGAGGUUCUCCUUACCAUAAACAGGCUUUUACUGCUUGACUAAUACCAUCUAGACAGCAUUUUGCCAUUUGUCUUACUGGCUUUGUAACAGUUUGACAGGUCAAUGUCUUGCCCUGCCAGUGCUUCCAAAAAUAUUAAAAUUGUGCAGUAAAAUGAAGAUAAAGUGGUGGGUAACAUUUUUGUCUAUAGAAUUUGUUAAGCAUUAAGAUUCUUGGUAAAUGUAGGUAAAGGAGUUGUUUGCCAUAAUUAGAUAAGUUCAAUAUCAGUGGGAAAAAUUGCUAGGAUGACCUUCAGGGUAAUUUUUCUAGGUUUUGACAGAAAGGAAAAGGUUGUGGCUCUUCUAAAAACCAUAAAGGCUAUAAAUAUCUCCUGGCUAAACAGCGCAUCGUAGUUAAGUAUGUGCUCAUUGGUUAAUUGCUAAUACGCUUAGGGCAGCAUAAAAUAAACCAAGUGAAUAUAAGUGAUCUUUCAGCUCAAGUGGCCUUUAUUUCCUUGGUUAAGGUCGUACUUAGUAUAAGGGUAAUUCCAUGUUUGCUUGGUCUGUACGGAUAAUAAAUCUUCCAAGCCUACUUAUGACAGGCCACUGACUCCUUCACCUUUUUUAAAAAAAUGUAUAGCUGGUGAGUGGAAAGCCAUUUCCAGUAAUGGAAGGCAAGAGCAGGUUCUCUUUAUUACAUAAAACACCUUUAGUUAAUGGUGUUGAGUUCUUACACUAAGAUGAAUUUAUGAGUGUGCACUUUUGAAUGUAGUACUCAAGAGCUGAAAUUCUUAACCUCUGCUGCACUGGGUAUUCUUAUAUGUAAUGUAUUGAGGUGCAUAUGGGCAUUUUAGAACAUAUAUGAAUAAUUUAGGCUGUCUG